AUGCGCCUCAACCAUUCUCGCCCUCUUCUUCUCUUCACCUUCAUCUUUCCUUCCUCCGCUUCCGCCUCCACCUUUACCUCCGCCCUCGCCUCCAACUUCACCUCUACCUCCUUCUCCACAUCCACCGAACUCUCCAUUCUUCUUCUCAGAAACGCCUCCUCCACACAAGCGCAAUCAGAUGGCACCUCUCAUUCUCUCCAUGUUGCUAAUCCUGAAGAUGAUGGUGAAGUGAUUGCAACCGUGGCGCUCCUAGAAAUAGCCAUAAGGCGAAUGACUGAAUUGGAAGUAACCACGGAUUACUUGGAGGGAUUGGGGUGUUGCUUCAUGAAGCUUGUAGAACGCAUGUCUGACGCUAUCGUGGAAUUACACAACAGACCAAUCGGCCGUAGAUGUCGCUCCCGGGGUUGA